UGUCUGUCGCUCCCCUGUCUGUCGCUCCCCUGUCUGUCGCUCGCCUGUCUGUCUGUCGCUCCCCUGUCUGUCGCUCACCUGGGUGACGUCAUGUCCAAACAGAAGAGUUCUGCCAAAGCUCUGAUCAUCACAGACGACGAGCAGGAGGACCCGAACCCGUUCUCCUUCAGAGAGUUCCUGCGCUGGAAGAGCUUGGAACCAGAACCAGAUGUGGACCUGGAACCAGAACCAGACCUGUACCCGGACCCCGACCUGGACCUGGACCAGACUCACAGACAGAAUCGUCAGCUUCCUCAGAACCAGCCGGGAGGAGCCGUGAGAUUAUCUGAACCAGCGGUUCAAAAUAGGUCGUUGGAGGGCGUGACCUUCGACCCUGAGGUCAGGAGCUGUUUCUUCUCGGAGCCUUCUCUGGACCCACAGGAGGAGGAGUGGGGGCGGAGCUUGCAGUCAGGUGUGGACAGCACCUCCUCUCUCUGCACGGAGGAGGAGGGGGAGGAGGAAACCAGGUUCUCCUCCAGACCGGAGGCCCAGCAGGGAGCAGGAGCAGCAGAGAGCUAUGAAGGUGAUGAUGAAACCUCCAUGGCUGAAGCCGUCUCCACCUGCAGGGGGAGGAGCUUACAGCAGCUGCAGGAAGAGAACCAGUGUCUGAGGAGAUCCAUCCGGGAGCUGCAGAGGAGCUCACAGGCCGACCAGCGCAGGGUGGAGCAGCUGACGGAGGAGCUGCUGCAGAGGAGGCGUCGGGAGGAGCAGGAGGCGCAGGAUCUGGAGAGCAUGGUGCACUCUGUGGAGCAGAACCUCACUCAGAUGACGAAGCGAGCAGUGAAGGCAGAGCUGUGUGUCUCCAAACUGAAGUGGGAGCUGCAGCAGCUUCAGGUGGAGAACGAAGGUCUGAAGGCGGCGGAGUCGGAGGUCGUCAUGACGAUGAGACAGAACGCUCAGGUAGCGUCUGAUUACCUGAACAAGACGGCAAGCCACGCCCACUCCUCCAUACGGCAGCUGCUGGGGGGGGCGGAGACCCUCUCUCUGGUCGCUCAGCUGCUGGCCUCCAUCGAUAGAGUUUCCUCAGAGGACUCUCCUGGAUGAAUUACCAAAAUAAAAGACUUCCUACAUACGCUUUAUUUUGAAGGUGAAGAUGACAUCACAGCAGCGAGGACUGCUGAUUGGUCCGUUUGUUGGACUGAAGACAGAGUUUUUAUAUUUAGCGUCAUUAUGGAUAACAUAUCACUGCGGCUGAGUAUUGAUGAACCAGCAGGUCGUCUUCCUCCAGGGUCACGUUAGCUUAGCAUAAGACAGCUUAUAUGCUACAUCUUUCCGGAACCCCCUCCUCUCCUGUAGUUCUAUAGGUGUUAGUGCAUGUAAAGGGUCUGCAAAGGAUAGAAUCCCUGUGUUCUCUCCAUUGGACUGAACUUUGUGACAUCACUGCGUAACACUCGCGCUCCUAUUGGCUGUGUACCGGCCGGGUUAUAUAUAUUUGACUAACGUAUGAAGCAGAGUUAGCAUAAAGCUACAUGUGAAUAUGUGUCGAGUAAUUCAAUACUAACAUGUUUUAUACCAUGUGUUUUUGGUGUUACUUCACAAUGGAUGAUUGCACACACAGCUGAGAGGCACUCUCUUUAGGACCUGCUUUGAUGUCGCUGAGAGGGACUCUCUUUAAGACAUGCUUUGAUGUCGCUGAGAGGCACUCUCUUUAAGACAUGCUUUGAUGUCGCUGAGAGGGACUCUCUUUAAGACAUGCUUUGAUGUCGCUGAGAGGGACUCUCUUUAAGACAUGCUUUGAUGUCGCUGAGAGGGACUCUCUUUAAGACAUGCUUUGAUGUCGCUGAGAGGGACUCUCUUUAAGACAUGCUUUGAUGUCGCUGAGAGGGACUCUCUUUAAGACAUGCUUUGAUGUCGCUGAGAGGGACUCUCUUUAAGACAUGCUUUGAUGUCGCUGAGAGGCACUCUCUUUAAGACAUGCUUUGAUGUCGCUGAGAGGGACUCUCUUUAAGACAUGCUUUGAUGUCGCUGAGAGGGACUCUCUUUAAGACAUGCUUUGAUGUCGCUGAGAGGGACUCUCUUUAAGACAUGCUUUGAUGACGUCCUGUUGAGACAAUAAAACAUCAUCAGAAUAAA